AUGAGCGACUUACAAGAUCAAGAACCGACCAUUAUUAUCAACGGUAAUUUGGACCCAGUCGGUGAACCAGAUUUCAUUGAAGAAACUGAAGUUGUAGCUCAAGAGGCAGAAGAAAAUGAAGAAGCCGACAAACCAAAGAAGAAAGUUGCAUUCACUGGCUUGGAAGAAGAUGGGGAAUCUGAAGAGGAAAGAAGAAAAAGAGAAUUCGAAGAAGGUGGUGGUUUACCCGAACAACCACUAAACCCUGAUUUUUCAGAAUUAAACCCACUAUCUGCAGAAAUUAUCAACAGACAAGCCACGAUAAAUAUCGGUACCAUUGGACAUGUUGCCCAUGGUAAGUCCACAGUCGUUAGAGCUAUUUCUGGUGUCCAAACAGUUCGUUUCAAGGAUGAAUUAGAACGUAACAUUACUAUUAAAUUAGGUUAUGCCAAUGCUAAAAUUUACAAAUGUCAAGAACCUACAUGUCCUGAACCCGAUUGUUAUAGAUCUUUCAAAUCCGAUAAAGAAAUCAAUCCUAAAUGUCAAAGACCAGGUUGUCCUGGGCGCUACAAGUUGAUCCGUCACGUUUCGUUUGUCGACUGUCCCGGUCACGAUAUCUUAAUGAGUACUAUGUUGUCAGGUGCCGCUGUUAUGGACGCAGCCUUACUUUUAAUCGCAGGUAAUGAAUCCUGUCCACAACCCCAAACCUCAGAACAUUUAGCUGCCAUUGAAAUUAUGAAAUUGAAGCAUGUUAUCAUCUUACAAAACAAGGUUGAUUUGAUGCGUGAAGAAAGUGCCUUGGAACAUCAAAAAUCUAUCUUGAAAUUUAUUAGAGGUACCAUUGCCGACGGCGCUCCAAUUGUACCAAUCUCCGCUCAAUUGAAGUAUAACAUCGAUGCUGUCAAUGAAUUUAUUGUUAAGACUAUUCCUGUACCACCAAGAGACUUCAUGGUUUCUCCAAGGUUAAUCGUCAUUCGUUCAUUUGAUGUCAAUAAGCCAGGUGCUGAGAUUGAAGAUUUGAAAGGUGGUGUUGCCGGUGGCUCUAUCCUAAACGGUGUCUUCAAACUAGGCGAUGAAAUCGAAAUUAGACCAGGUAUCGUUACUAAGGAUGACAAAGGUAAAAUCCAAUGUAAACCAAUUUUUUCCAACAUCGUUUCCUUAUUCGCUGAACAAAACGAUUUGAAAUUCGCUGUUCCUGGUGGUUUAAUUGGUGUGGGUACAAAAGUUGACCCUACUUUAUGUAGAGCCGAUCGUCUUGUUGGCCAAGUCGUUGGUGCUACUGGUCAUUUACCAAACAUUUACACCGAUAUUGAAAUCAACUAUUUCUUAUUACGUCGUCUACUAGGUGUUAAAACAGAUGGUCAAAAGCAAGCUAAAGUCAGAAAGUUGGAACCAAAUGAAGUUCUUAUGGUCAAUAUCGGUUCUACCGCUACAGGUGCUCGUGUUGUUGCCGUUAAAGCUGAUAUGGCAAGAUUACAAUUGACAUCACCUGCUUGUACUGAAGUUAACGAGAAGAUUGCUUUAUCGAGACGUAUUGAAAAGCAUUGGCGUUUGAUUGGUUGGGCUACUAUUAAGAAGGGUACUACUUUGGAACCAAUUGCUUAA